CACCCUUCAACAACUUUUCUGAAAACUCAAAAAACCCUAUCACUGGAUCAUCCAUUCUCUCUUACCGGACAAAAUUCUCUUCACUCAGAAGCCCCAAAUGGUCGCCAAUGGAGGUUCCGCUUUGGGUAGGAGGCACUUAGUAGCAUCAGCGCUGGCCAAACACUUCGCCUUAGAUCAUAAUGCAUUGAUUGGAGAAAAUGCGGAAUGCGAUUUUAGGACUUAUGUAUUAAACAUCUUGAAAACUUCAAGAAAUGGUGCCUCUGUGGAUGAUAAUGAUGAGGUGACAAAAUGGAUUACAUUUGCAGAUAGCUUUCCUGUAGAUUCCAAGGCAUGCUUUGACAUUCUCAAACAAUUAAAUGAAGAACUAGCUCCAAAGUCUGUACUUUUGGGUAAAGGAUUGAAGCCAUCUGAAGCUGAUGUACUUGUGUUUUCUGUACUACACCCUUAUGUGAUUGGCCUUUCAAACGCAGAGAUGGAAAAGUUGCCACAUGUUUUAAGAUGGAUGGAUUACAUCCAGAACAAACAGAACUUUGGGGAGUUAUUUCAAAAGAUACUGCUACAGAAAUGUGAAUUCGAUCCUCCAUUGCAGGGACACAAAGUUGUUGCCAACAAUGUUGAUGAAGAUUCAAAUGCCAAGAAGUCUUCGCAAAGCACCAAGGUUUCAGAAAAGCCUCAAGUGAACCCAGACACUAAGAAAACUGAUGUGGGGAAAAAAGAGAAGGAAAAAAAGGAAGCUGCACCAGAAAAGAAGAAACCAGUUGAGACUGAAACACCGGACAAAGAAAAGGAAGUUAGUGUUAGUUUGUUGAAUAUAAAAGUUGGCCUUAUUCGCAAAGCAUGGAAACAUCCAUCUGCUGACAGUUUGUUGGUUGAGGAGAUAGAUGUUGGCGAGGCGAAAGUGCGGCAGGUUGUGAGUGGUCUGGCAAAAUACUGUAGUCCAGAGGAGUUAACUAACCGCCAUGUUGUUCUUAUUACUAAUGUAAAACCUGGAAAGCUACGAGAUGUGAUGUCAGAGGGAUUGGUGUUAUGUGCAUCUAAUGAAGAUCACACCGUCGUGGAACCUUUGCUUCCUCCAAAAGGAGCCAAAAUUGGUGAACAAAUUUCAUUUUCUGGGGUUGAUGGAAAACCAGAAGAUGUUCUUAACCCCAAAAAGAAGCAACUGGAUAAGAUAACACCGCAUCUCUUCACCAACGAUAAGGGCGAGGCAACGUUCAAAGGUAUUCCUUUCAUGACAUCUGCAGGACCGUGCACAUCGUCUAUCUCCAAGGGAAGUAUCAAAUAAUAGAAGCAUACCCCAAUGAUAUAUAAUAUAGUAGAAGAGAAGGAACCCCUAACAUUGAAUGCUAUUUGGCAAACCAAAGAGAGUCAGUUUUGAAGACAUGAGGCAUGGGGUGACCAAAUUAAAAAGCAGCUUCUCAUUAUUUCAGGUAAUGUAAUGGUUAAUGGUUUUUCAUUGUCUUAAAAUUGACAUUUCAUGAUACUUCCAACAACACUCACGUUCUGUUAUGAUGUAAAAGGCUUUAAAUGUGUUGAACAUUUUUUUGUUUUAAAGAAA